AUAUCAAUUUUAAAAAUGAAAAAAUAAAAGAAAAAAAACCAAUGUUGCAGACAGAAUACACCUGUUAUCUUCCUCUGUCUCUCUCAGAUCAUCUCAUCCAUUUUUUCAGUGGUUUUGUUUUGUCCUAUUUUGUUGAUCUCUUCUUUUUCUUUUUCUUAUUUAAAUUAUCAUUAAAAAAACCCUAUCUGAAACUCAGACCAAAAUAACAAGGAGAAGGAGAGAGCAAGAGAAAAAAGGUACAAAAUUCCCAAAAUAAAACUAAAAAGAAAGGGAAAUAAAAGAAGCAAUCCCUGUGACUCCUCUCCUUAAAAUAAUCAAACACCUAAUUUCUUUUUUCCUUUUUUAAUUUUAAUGGUUUUCGUUUCAUCGUCUCAGCUUUCUUUUUCAGAUGCUUAAUUUUGCAUUCUUGGAUUGCUGAUUCUGCAAACUACAUUUUGUUGAUUUUGUAAUUUGAGGCUUGAAACAAGCGACACUCUGAUCUACAAGUUCCCAUAUUUCUUCAUUGUAUUCCUUUUUGAUCUGCUGAUAUUGCCUAACAAGCACAUUAUAUGUGGUGCAUUUUUAUAUUUUGCAUGAGAGACUAUGCCAAUAAGAGAGAGUAGCAGCCACAAGUAUCUUAUGUCCUGAACCAGAGAAUUAUCGCCUUAUGAAUGCCAUACCGAAAGUUUCUGGGGUAAAGACAUAGUGAACCAACUGCUUUCCUUAAACUGUCAACCUGUCAAUUGCUAUCAGACAUACGUAACCUGGGAAAGCUGGAUAACUCAGGAGCUUCAGAACUUAUUCUAUUUUAACUACCAGUCUGAUCCUGUGAUCCCUUUCAUAUUUUGACCUGAGAAAUGCGGAGCUUGAAUGGACAUUUGUUCUGAAAGUUGGAAUAAUAUUUAGUGUCUCAGACAUAUUUCUGGGCGGAAUAUAUCUUCCCUGAUGCAAGGUCAGGGGGGCACCAUUGACUCCUUCCCUGAAACUGUUAACAUUGAUGAGGGCUCUGGUCCCAAUGACACGAGCAUUGGUCAACCAAAUUCUUUUCACAACAUGCUGAAUCCUGUGGAAACUCGGUUAUCCAAUUAUGCAAUGCCUUCUAGUGGGAUGAUGCAUGGAAGCACUGUUACUCCCGAUGUUCAGAGUGUUAGUGGCUGGAGUUCUGGGGAACCGAGCUCUAGAUUGAGAAUACAAAACCAGGUGAUGCACGAUGUUCUAAAUCACCAUCUUAAUGAUGAUGGAACAAAAAUAGAGUGUGGUUGGCCUUCUUAUGGUGCUCAUGUUGGGGCUGCUCCAAGGUCAGAAGAAAGGCGGAUUGAGCCAGCAAAUGUCAUUUUUCCUGGGAGACUGACUAAUGGUCGAAAUGUCAAUCAGGAUCUACGUGGGCCCAUAUUUUUACAAGGUUCAAGCUCUAAUCAUAGCCCACAAAGGCGGAUUGAGCCAGCAAAUGUCAUUUUUCCUGGGAGACUGAUUAAUGGUCGAAGUGUCAAUCAGGAUCUACGUGGGCCCAUAUUUUUACAAGGUUCAAGCUCCAAUCAUAGCCCACACAAUGUGAAUCUAAAUGAAGGGUUUAUUAGCAGUAGUGGUAAUUCAAGGUCGAGUGUGGGAACUGGUAUAGGUCUUAAUCUCCACAACUCAGUUGGACUAGAAAGAGAACAGAUUUCUAAUGCCAGUGUUUCUUCUGAUAAUGUUGGUAGUUCUUCUGGAAGCUCUAAUUAUAUGGGGGAGGAAAAUAAUGAUGGUUCUGGCACUUCUUUGGGCAGUUGGGGUUUAUCCUGCAAAAGGAAGGUUCUUGAAGGUACUUCUGGACAGUCUUAUUCUGCUGGUACUUCAAGCUGUUUUCAACAAAUUGAAAAUGCUGCUUGGCAUGCUGAUCCUUCUCGUAACGAUGCUUCUAGCAGCUUGAGUUUAUCGACACCCUCUUGGAAUCUCCUUAAUGCUAGUCCUCCUGAUCAGCCGAAUACAAGAGUUGGGCUUGGUAUGAGAGGAGUAAUUAGUGAUGCGUUUCCGUCUACCUUAAGAAGAGCAAAUCCAGGAAACCAACAAGGACCUUUACCCCAUAGUUUAUCAUCAACUGGGGUUGCCGGGCAUUCUAGUUUCGGCUCUCCCGGUCACCCUAGAGCUGCCCUGUUUGGUGACUCUCUAGACUUGAGAUCCACAGCUGCAAUAGCUGGAAAUUCUAGUUCUGCGUCGACUCAACCUCAUAUGAGGACCACUUCUGUUGUGCCGAGAAAUGUGAAUCCUUUCCCUUGGAAUGGUACUUCCGGUUUAAGAGCUGCCAACCCAUCGAGUUCUACUAAUUUUGGAGAGAGAGCUGCUGCAUUACGGGAGGAACCAAAUAUAAGAAAUAUCCCUAGAAUCAAUGCAGAACAUCCCAUGUUUGUACCAGCAACUGAGAUGAGAAAUGUAGCACAAGAUCCAACAGGUUGGAAUUUGGCUUCUGGAAAUAUUAGUACUUCUGGAGACUUUUCAUCUACAAAUCGACCUGGGCCUAGUUCAAGCAUCCAUCCUUUGCCAACUCCUGCCUUGAUUCCUCCCCAAAACCCACCAAUGCAUAAUCAACAAAGACUAUCAGAAUUUGCUCCCUGGUCUUUAUUUCCUCCAAUUGAUUCUGAACCUGGUGGUCGUAGUGGCCAUUUUCCACCCUUGUCUUCGGGCCCUUCUUCUUCCUCACAAGAGACAGUGGUGCCAUCUGGAUCGAACAUCCAGGGUAACAAUCAACCAUACCCUAGGUCUGCAUUCAUAUUGGAGAGACAAGAUGAUGAUGUUCUUGGGAUGCCCCAUUCGUUGCGAGCUUUGGCUGCUGACAUCGAAGGGAGACACCGGCUAAUAUCUGAGAUACGCCAAGUCUUGAAUGCCAUGCGUAGGGGGGAGAAUUUACGAAUUGAGGAUUAUAUGGUGUUUGAUCCAUUCAUAUAUCAUGGUAUGGCUGAAACCCAUGACAGACAUAGAGAUAUGCGCCUUGAUGUUGAUAACAUGUCUUAUGAGGAAUUGUUGGCAUUAGAAGAACGCAUUGGAGAUGUGAGCACUGGACUGAAUGAGGAAACCAUUCUGAAGCUGCUGAAACAGCAGAAGUACUCAUCCACCACAACAGAAUCCACACAAGAAUUGGAACCCUGCUGUAUCUGUCAGGAGGAAUAUGCAGAUGGGGAUGAGACUGGGACACUAGAUUGUGGACAUGACUUCCACACAAACUGCAUCAAACAGUGGUUAAUGCUAAAAAACCUGUGUCCCAUUUGUAAAACAACAGGCUUGCUCAAGUGAGAGCAAAGGCUGUUGUGAGAUCCAAUAAUAGGGUUGGGACUUGGGAUUAUAUAUAAUAUAUAUAUAUCUGAUUCAAACUGGCUUUUCUUGCCCUUGAUCUGUAACUUUCAAGGCGACGGAGCCGCUGUUAAGGUUACGAAUUGCAGGAUGAGUUUGUUGAAUAACUUGCAUAAAGCAUCAUGACGAUGAUAAACAUAAUUUGAAAUAAUAUCUAUUUUAUGACAUUAUCAAA